AGAUCCCACUGUUUCGCGUCUUCUUCACCUUUACCAUCUAAUUAUUCAAAUUAAAUCUUCCUCGGGAAGUGCGAUCCAGCAAAUUUUCAUGGCUAUCGACUACUCAAAAUGGGGCAACUUAGACACGGAUUCUGAAGCAGAAAUUUCGCCUCCGUCAGUCCCGACGCGCCGAGCUCUCACUCCCGCGGCCUUACAACCGGGUGCGCAAGCGACGGAAGCACCAGUCGCAAGUAGCAGGCCAGGAUCCAUCCAGGCCGUCAUGGUCCGGUGCGAUGUUAGCUUAGUGGUGUGCUAGCUUGUCCGGAAUAACGGUUACUCACGGCCCGGAGCCGGAAAGCAGGAUGUUGUGAAGACCCUAUGUUAAGCCUCGAUAUCCGGACUCCCGGGUGCUGGCUGUGCCACUGCGACGCGUUAGAGGCGCUCAGUCCUCUUCUCCUCCUCCUACCUCUUCCUACCUCUUCCU